AUGUCCAAGGCCGUCUUCCUGACCAAAACAGAAGGCAAACCGGGCCAAGUCUACUAUCCCCUCUCCGUGCAGGCACAGGCCGUCCCUACCCCACAGGGCCGCGAGUUACUCAUCAAGCUGACCGCGGCCUCGCUCAACCACCGCGAUGUCUUCCUACGCCAACAUUUGUACCCGGGAGUCACGUUCGAUGUUCCCCUCGGUGCCGACGGAGUGGGCAUGGUGGUCGGGGCGGGUCCCGAUGUCGCUGACCCGCAGCGCUGGCAGGGGAAACGAGUGAUCCUGAAUCCCGGGGUGGGCUGGGACAGCUCGCCGGAUGGCCCGGAAGAUCCCAAGGGGUAUCGCAUCAUGGGCGGAACGAAACUGUACAACAAGGGGACGCUGCAAGAAUAUGUGGCUAUCGAGGAGUCCGAGGUUGAGGAGGCGCCGGAACAUUUAUCGGAUGCGGAGGCCGCGGCGCUUCCUUUGACGGGGUUGACCGGGUGGCGGGCGUUGGUGGUCAAGGCUGGCGAGAGGAAUUCGGGCAAGGGGGCGGCCAUCCUGGUGACGGGGAUCGGAGGUGGGGUGGCUCUCAUGGUUCUGCGAUUUGCGGUGGCCAGGGGAGUCGACGUGUAUGUGACCAGCUCGAGCGAGGAGAAGAUCAAGAAGGCGGUUGAGCUGGGCGCCAAGGGUGGUGUGAAUUAUAAGGAGGAAGGAUGGGAGAAAAAGCUGCUGGGUCAGCUUCCCCCCGGAAAGGCGGCUUUCGAUGCGGUCAUCGACGGUGCUGGAGGCGAUGCAGUCGAAAAAGCUGUCAAGCUACUCAAGGCUGGCGGCAUCCUCUCGGUCUAUGGAAUGACGGUCGCGCCCAAAAUGCCUUUCUUGAUGCAAGCGGUGCUAAAGAAUAUUGAGGUGCGUGGGUCUACGAUGGGCUCGCGCAAAGAGUUUAGAGAGAUGGUCGAGUUUGUGAGGAGCCAAAAGAUCCAUCCUGUUGUCUCGCGAGUAGUUCAAAGCGACUUGGGCGAUAUUCCAGCACUGGAUGAUCUUUUCCAGGACAUGAAGGAGGGCAAACAAUUCGGCAAGCUGGUCUUCGAAUUCGGCAAGGCGUCGGGAAGCAAACUAUGA